CCGCCGCCACCUCACACACUCGGGGAGCGGGAGCGCGGCGCGGACGCGAAGCCGCCGGGCUGCUGCGCCUAGAGCCGGCCGGAGCCGGAGCCGAACCGCAGCGCCAGCCCCAGCCGCGUCGAGCCGCAGCCCGGGCCGGGGCCAGCGGCGGCUCAUGGACAGCGUGGCCGGCGGCCGGUGCUGGCCCGAGGCGGCCCUCCUGAUUCUGAAACGUGCCAGGAUGGGGCUCUUGAGGCCCAGCCCCGGCCCUGGGGGACGGUGUUUGCUGCUGCCCCCCUUGCUGCUGGUCCUGUUGCUCCUGUUGGCUCCAUCUGCAGGCCAGGUCACCCGGGUAGUGUACAAGGUGCUGGAGGAACAGCCACCCAACACCCUCAUUGGGAGCCUCGCAGCUGACUAUGGUUUUCCAGAUGUGGGCCACCUGUACAAACUAGAGGUAGGUGCCCCAUAUCUUCGAGUGGAAGGCAAGACAGGCGACAUUUUCACCACUGAGACCUCCAUUGACCGUGAGGGGCUCCGUGAAUGCCAGAACCAGCUCCCUGGUGAGCCCUGCAUCCUGGAGUUUGAGGUGUCUAUCACGGACCUCAUGCAGAAUGGCAGCCCCCGAUUGCUAGAGGGCCAGAUAGAGGUACAGGACAUCAACGACAACACGCCCAACUUCUCCUCACCGGUCAUCACUCUGUCAAUCCCCGAGAAUACGAACAUCGGCUCACUCUUCCCCAUCCCACUGGCUACCGAUCGCGAUACUGGCCCCAACGGCGUGGCCUCAUAUGAGCUGCAAGCCAAGCCUGAGGCCCAGGAGCUAUUUGGGCUGCAGGUAGCCGAGGACCAGGAGGAGAAGCAGCCACAGCUCAUUGUGAUGGGCAACCUGGACCGAGAGCGCCGGGAUUCCUAUGACCUCAACAUCAGGGUGCAGGAUGGUGGCAGCCCCCCACGUGCCAGCAGUGCCCUGCUGCGUGUCACUGUGCUCGACACCAAUGACAACGCUCCCAAGUUCGAGCGGCCUACCUAUGAGGCUGAGCUAUCUGAGAACAGUCCCAUAGGCCACUCAGUCAUCCAGGUGAAGGCCAAUGACUCAGACCAAGGUGCAAACGCUGAGAUUGACUAUACAUUCCACCAGGCGCCUGAAGUGGUAAGGCGUCUUCUGCGCCUGGACAGAAACACUGGGCUUAUCACUGUCCAGGGCCCCGUGGACCGUGAGGACCUAAGCACCCUGCGCUUCUCAGUUCUUGCCAAGGACCGAGGUGCCAACCCAAAGAGUGCCCGUGCCCAGGUGGUCGUAACUGUGAAAGAUAUGAACGACAAUGCCCCGACCAUUGAGAUCCGAGGCAUAGGGCUUGUGACCCAUCAAGAUGGGAUGGCGAACAUCUCAGAGGAUGUGGCAGAAGAGACAGCUGUGGCCCUGGUACAGGUAUCUGACCGAGACGAGGGAGAAAAUGCAGCUGUGACCUGUGUGGUAGCAGGUGAUGUGCCCUUCCAGCUCCGCCAAGCCAGCGAGACAGGUAGUGACAGCAAGAAGAAGUACUUCCUGCAGACCACCACCCCGCUGGACUAUGAGAAGGUCAAGGACUACACCAUUGAGAUCGUGGCUGUGGACUCUGGCAACCCCCCACUCUCCAGUACCAACUCCCUCAAGGUGCAGGUGGUAGAUAUCAAUGACAAUGCACCUGUCUUCACCCAGAGUGUCACUGAGGUUUCCUUCCCAGAAAACAACAAGCCCGGUGAAGUCGUAGCUGAGGUCACUGCCAGUGAUGCUGACUCUGGCUCUAAUGCAGAACUGGUGUACUCUCUGGAGCCUGAGCCGGCUGCUCAGGGUCUCUUUAGUAUUUCGCCCGAAAAUGGAGAGAUCCGGGUGAAGACAUCCCUAGAUCGGGAACAGAGGGACAGUUAUGAGUUGAAGGUUGUGGCAGCUGACCGGGGCAGCCCCAGUCUCAAGGGCACAGCCACUGUCCUCAUCAAUGUGCUAGACUGCAAUGACAAUGACCCCAAAUUUAUGCUGAGUGGCUACAACUUCUCAGUGAUGGAGAACAUGCCAGCGCUGAGUCCAGUAGGCAUGGUGACUGUCAUUGAUGGGGAUAAGGGGGAGAAUGCCCGGGUGCAGCUCUCAGUGGAACAGGACAAUGGCGACUUUGUUAUCCAGAAUGGCACAGGCACGAUCCUGUCCAGUCUGAGCUUUGACCGAGAGCAGCAGAGCACCUACACCUUUCAGCUGAAGGCAGUGGAUGGUGGUGUCCCACCUCGCUCAGCCUAUGUUGGUGUCACCAUCAAUGUGCUAGAUGAGAACGACAAUGCACCCUUCAUUACGGCCCCCUCCAACACGUCCCACCGGCUGCUGACCCCCCAGACACGUCUCGGUGAGACAGUCAGCCAAGUGACAGCUGAGGACAUUGACUCUGGUGUUAAUGCUGAGCUGAUCUACAGCAUUGCUGGUGGCAACCCUUACGGACUCUUUCAGAUUGGGUCUCAUUCAGGUGCCAUCACCCUGGAGAAGGAAAUUGAACGGCGCCACCAUGGGCUGCACCGCCUUGUGGUAAAGGUCAGUGAUCGUGGCAAACCCCCACGCUAUGGCACAGCCCUGGUCCACCUUUAUGUCAAUGAGACGCUAGCCAACCGCACGCUACUGGAGACCCUCCUGGGCCACAGCCUGGACACGCCACUGGAUAUCGACAUUGCUGGGGACCCAGAAUAUGAGCGCUCCAAGCAGCGUGGCAACAUCCUCUUUGGUGUUGUGGCUGGCGUGGUGGCUGUGGCCUUGCUCAUUGCCCUCGCUGUGCUUGUGCGCUACUGCCGGCAGCGGGAGGCCAAGAGCGGCUACCAGGCUGGUAAGAAGGAGACCAAAGACCUGUAUGCCCCUAAGCCCAGCGGCAAAGCCUCAAAGGGAAACAAAAGCAAGGGCAAGAAGAGCAAGUCCCCAAAGCCAGUGAAGCCAGUGGAGGAUGAAGAUGAGGCUGGGCUGCAGAAGUCCCUCAAGUUCAACCUGAUGAGUGACGCUCCUGGGGACAGUCCUCGAAUCCACCUGCCCCUCAACUACCCACCAGGCAGCCCUGACCUUGGCCGCCACUACCGCUCUAACUCCCCACUACCUUCCAUCCAACUGCAGCCCCAGUCACCCUCGGCCUCCAAGAAGCACCAGGUGGUGCAGGACCUGCCGCCUGCAAACACAUUUGUGGGCACUGGGGACACCACGUCCACAGGCUCCGAGCAGUACUCCGACUACAGCUACCGCACCAACCCCCCCAAAUACCCCAGCAAGCAGUUACCUCACCGCCGUGUCACCUUUUCGGCCACUAGCCAGGCCCAGGAGCUGCAAGACCCAUCCCAGCACAGUUACUAUGACAGUGGCCUGGAGGAGUCUGAGACACCAUCCAGCAAGUCCUCCUCAGGGCCCCGACUUGGUCCUUUGGCCCUGCCUGAAGAUCACUAUGAACGCACCACCCCUGAUGGCAGCAUAGGAGAGAUGGAGCACCCCGAGAAUGACCUCCGCCCUUUGCCUGAUGUCGCCAUGACGGGCACGUGUACCCGGGAGUGCAGCGAGUUUGGCCACUCUGACACGUGCUGGAUGCCUGGCCAGUCGUCUCCCAGCCGCCGGACCAAGAGCAGCGCCCUCAAACUCUCCACCUUCGUGCCUUACCAGGACCGAGGAGGGCAGGAGCCUGCGGGCGCCGGCAGCCCCAGCCCCCCGGAAGACCGGAACACCAAAACGGCCCCCGUGCGCCUCCUGCCCUCCUACAGUGCCUUCUCCCACAGUAGCCAUGAUUCCUGCAAGGACUCGGCCACCUUGGAGGAAAUCCCCCUCACCCAGACCUCGGACUUCCCACCUACAGCCACACAGGCAUCUGCCCAGACGGCCAAGCGUGAGAUCUACCUGUGAGCCCCCUCCUGGCCGGCUGGCCACCCCUUUCCCCGGCUGCCGGCCAGCUCCCAAACGGGCCCAUCUCAGGGCCCAAUUCGUGACCCCUCCAGCGUGGACUCUGUGGCCAGCGCCCCAGGUGGGGGGGAAUACUAGCCUCAUAACCACGCUGGCCCCUCCCCAUGCAGGGUCCAGGUCCUCUUCCUUGUUUCCAUCCCACAGCUCCCGGGAGCCCCUUCUUCCCCUUUUAGGGCUCCUCCCAGAUGCCCAAGAGGGCUCCUCUGCAAUGACUGGGCUCCCACCUGUCAACUUCCAGGGAGCACCCCUCACUUUGGGCAGAUGGUGGAGUCAGGGUGGGCAGCACACUUUCAACUCAUUGUUUCCCGCAUGGCCGACCAGGGCGGGGACAGCGUGCCCCUUUUCAGUCUGGAAGCAGGGCUGAACUGGGGAGCCCCUCUCCCUGGGAACCCCCAGAGGAAACUCUUGACCACCAGGGGCUCCCUGAAGGGCUUUUGUUACCAAAGGAGGGGCGGGAUGGGGUGGGAGUGGGGCGGAGGCCUUGUCUUCCAGCACUGCUCCUGGGCUGGCCCACCUGCCUGCCACGUGCCCAUGCUGGGUCCCAUCUGGGCCACCCCUUCCCUGCUGGUCAUGCAGUGUCUGUAUAUAAGGACCUUGGAAUGAUGUCCCCAUUUCUGCCUGAUUUGCAACUUUUCUCGUUGAUGUUGUGUUGUCUUGGGGGACCCCCCUGGGGGGGACCUGCCCUGUGCCCCUCUGCCCUGCCGCAGUGCUCCCCACUCCAGGCCUCUACUGUUCCAUGUUGUAAAUACCCCUGGGGCCGUGGUGGGGUGGGGGUGCAGGCCAGGGAAACAAUGGGUGGGUGGGGGUGGGGAUGAGGGUAACAUUUGCCUAUCAGCAGAGCUGGGCUUUUAUUUAAUUUUUUUUAAAAAUACAAAUCUCUAUUUUUUUGGAACUGUUGCGCUGUGCCCUGGGGGGGAUCCCCGCUCAGCUCAGGCUGGCCUCCCACAUCCAUGUGAGCAUCACAGAGGGGCCCUGAGGCUGUGGGGGGCAGCUGGACAGGGGUGGGAUGACUGUGCCUCUGGCCUGGUUGGGUGAGUUGGGAGCAGGAAGGUUUGCUCAGGGGGUGGCCAGUUGCUGCCUCUGAAUGGGGGAUGGCACCCUCCCCCUCCCUGCCCCCCAGCCCCCAACCCCUGCCAUGACUGACCCUUCAGCCUGUAAAACCACCAUUGCCUUGAUCUCAGGGGGUGGGAAGGGCUGCCUCAGGGCACCCCGGGCUCCAGGCCCCCUUCUUCCAUUUGGGCUUCCCUUUGCCAGGGUCAGGGGUCCGAUGGGGGAGGGGGAGGGAGAUUGGGGGGCAGGGAAGCCCAGUCAGCCAUGAUGAGGUGAAGUUCUUUCCUUCACCUCAGGGGGCCAGGGUGUGAGGGGCAUCCUGCUGAGCCCCCAUCUCCCACUGUGGCCAUCUCAAAGCCUCUCUUCCUUCCAGAAACCCCACUGCCUUGGUCCAUACCUUUCCAGCUCCCCAGGGGCCCAGGCUGGGAGGCUGGAGACUCAGGGUAUGGCCCUUGCUGGACUUCGUCUAAACUUUGGGGGAGUGGCCCAAGUGCGGAGGGGUGGGUACAGGCUGCUGGGUUGUCUGGUGCCUUUGGGAGCUGUGCUGCUGGGGGUUUGACUCCUGUAACCCCAGAGAUCCCAUCUCCACCCCAGAAAAGCCAGGGAGGGCUGUAGAAUUACUCUAUUCUCUGAUCCCUCACCUCUGACUUGGUUUGGGAGAACAGUGCUGGGAAGGAGGGCAUUGUUGGGUUGGUGGCCCCAGCACCCACAGCCCUUCCCUGGAGGGCAGUAGGCAGAGGGGGCUGGGUGGCAGCAACCAGGUCAGGGGGUUGGCCAAAGGCGCCUUUCCCUAGGGGAGGCCCAAGAAGUGGGCUGGGGGCCUGUUAAAGAGACAGCCUCCCCCCCCCCACACACACACACAAACAGGGCAGGUGCAAUAGUGGUAGAGUUGGUAGCAUGAGGUGCCCAGCUGGUGAGCAGUGGACUCGAGAGCUGUCCUGGGUCCCAGAGGUCAGGAUUGGGGCAAAAAGAUUGUAUGAGGCCCGUUUGCUUGGUGAAGGUGGUCUGGACAAGAGGCAUCCCUGGGGUCGGCAGACCCCUGCAGGAAGCCCCUGAUGGCCUGGGUACCCUGCCCUGGCCUUGGAGACGCCCAAGCACUGAGUGGAAGGGCAGAGGAGCAAUUUGCACAAUGGAGAAGCCAGAAGGAAGGGGGUAGUCUGGGUGGACGGGAGGGCUUAGAAGCACAGAGCAGAAGUCCUUCCCACAGACAAAAGCAGAGCCCCCCCAUGGCCCCCUGGUUGGGGUCAGGGUGCUAAGUCUGUCACCACCUGGGCACUCAUGAGGUGAAACCAAAGGUGGGCAGGGGAUGGGUGACAGCACUGGGGACUAUCCCUGUUGGUCCUAAGUCUGUGAAGCCCCUUCCCAAUGCCUUGUGUCAAGUACAGUUUUAUGUACCAAUAGGCGACAUUUGGCCAGAGGAGACCCCCCCAAACCCAGCCUGACCCAGUCAGUGUCUUCCUAGAGGGGACCUAGUUGGUCCUCAACCCCCUACGUUAGAGCAUGUCUCUAGAUAGAGGGUGUAUGGGGACAUCUUUUUCUCCCAGGGUCCCCGAAACAUCUCCACCUGGGGGGGGGGUGCCUCGGGGCAUCCGUGACCUCUGGGGGCUCUCUAGCCCCUACAUCUCCUCUUGGGAAUCUCUGGGGAACAUGUAUUCCCGCUAGGGAACCAUGGGAGCAUGUCUCCCCUCCCUACCCAGGCUCUCUGGGGAGCCUGUUUUCCUCCCAGGGUUUCUGGGAGUACCUAAGACAAGUCAGUCUUGGGCCAUCUCUCUUCCCAGGGAAGGGGCUAUCUCUGAAGCUGUCCGGGAAGGGAUGUUUCUGGCCCUCCCCAUCUCUCCUAUCGGGGUGUCUUCCCUGAAGCACUUUGGGAUGAGGCUGGUUAUCUCUGGGUUCUUUUCUCCUAGAGGCUCCAGGGAUACCUCUCUCCUGAGGGCGGGACCUCCGGAGCCAUUUCUUCCCCGGAUGGGGGCUGUCUCCUGCUGUGGGGAGGGCUCGUGUUGGCCGAGAGAAGGUCUCUUAGGGGGCAUCUCUGAGCGGGACUUCUCUGGGAGUGGGGACUGCGUCUCGCCCCCGAGGCGUAUGUCUGCCCAUGGGGAAGAGGAGACUGUGUCUCCUUGGGUUAUCUGAGUGGGGAGGGGGGCCGUGUCUCUCUCGUGUGUCGGGGUGGGGUCGGGAGGGGGGUUUUGGGCGCGUCGGGUGCCCACUUUGGGGUCGUGUUUCUCUUGGUUCGUGCCACUUCCCACCGCCUCGCUCCUCCUGGGAAGGACCCCACCCCAUCCCCAUCCCUGGCGCUGCGAGCACAAUCCCGUUGAUUUGUAAUGAUUUCUGUCUCUUUCUGUCUUUCUCUUUCUCUGACCUCCCCUCGCCGCGAGCAUGCGCAGGCACCGCCCCUACCCCCUCCGGUUCGGUUCGUUUCCGGUUUGUUUGCUGAGCUGUCAAUGAAAGACCCGUGUAAUUAUUCCCGAGCUUUACAAUAAAAGUGUGAAAACCGGA